GCCUGUACCUUUGUCCCUCUCCGCAAGGAUCACAGCUUGUCAUCGAGCCUCGUGCAGUGCUGUAACGUAGUAACCCACCGAAAGGGAAGCAGACCAGGCGAGCAGAGUGCAGCGAGGGAUAUUCGUGUUUAGCAGCGACCUAGUAUAAGGUGGGCCCCAAUGGCUUCUGGUGACAGCAAUACUCCUCGAGUCACUUUCCUGGCCCCGGAAAUCCAAGAUAAGGAGACGACAUCCAAGAAGCUGGGUAAACUGACCGUGAAAUACAAUCGCAAAGAAUUACAGCGAAGGAUUAAACUGGAGGAAUGGAUCGACAGCCAGAUUCAGGAACUCUACCAGAAUCAGGAUGGACUGCGGGAUGAAGCAGCGGAGCCAGAAAUUGACAUUGAUGACCUCCUGGACCAUUCAGCAGCUGAGCAGAAAGCAACACUGCAGGAUAUCCUCGAGGAGUGCACUCGGCCAAUAGAAGAAUUCACCACAGAGCUCUUGGAUCGUCUUCAGGGAUUACGCAAGAUUGAAGCUCUACAGCGCAAAUAAUGUACGUACAGCCCUCAGCGUUCCCUCCCGCAGCAUUUCUUGCUACCUUUUGUUCUGGACGUUCGGUGUUCUCCAACUUGACAUAUUCCCAGCAGCAGAUCGCUCGAAAUGCAGAAUUAUCAUGGCGGCUCGUAGCGCUGGACAGAAUAUGCAAUAC